GUUAAAUAGAGGGGUACAGAACGACUGGGCUCAUCUCUGCUCUGUCCGUCCUACCUCUGUCACACGUGUUGCUCUUUUCGUCUAUUUUAGACACAGAAAGAACUCAUCAGCAGGAUGCCUGAGCAUGUACAAGAGAGAAAAUCCAAAAUAUCCGCCUCAAGGAAGCUGAUGCUGAAGAGCCUGAUGGUGGCAAAGGCCAAGGAGGAACUGGAGCAGGAGAUUCUUGUCAAAGAAGGAGAAAAACAGAAGUACCUUGCAGAGAAAGCGCCUCCUCUGAACACCGGUGGUUUCAGUCUUGCUCAACUUCAGGAUCUCUGUAGAGAGCUCCACGCAAAGAUCGACGUGGUUGAUGAGGAACGAUAUGACAUUGAGGCCAAAGUCAUGCUUAACACACGUGAGAUUAAAGACCUAAACAUCAAAGUUCUAGACCUCAGGGGGAAAUUCAAGAGGCCUAAUCUUAGACGCGUUCGUGUCUCUGCUGACGCCAUCCUUCGCUCGCUGCUGGGCUCCAAGCACAAAGUGUCCAUGGAUCUUCGAGCUAAUCUCAAGUCUGUCAAGAAAGAAGACACUGAGAAGAAGAGGCCAGUCACCAAGCUUUUGGUGGAAGGCUCACCUCUGUGGUCAUGUGACACCUCCAUGAGCUGCACCUGGCUAAAGGUGGACUGCUUUGUGCCUCACCGACUCUAA